UUUUGUUGAUAAUUUUCAACAGUUUCAAAUUGUCCGAUAUUGUGACUACUAAUCAAUAGUGUUUUCUAAUCUUUGUUUAAAUUGUUCGUUGUUAGCAAUUAGUAAAUUGUUUCAACUACUUUCUUAUUCUCACCAGGGGGUUAGUUUAAUUGUGGCAGUUAAAUCAUGGAUAAAAAGAUUGACCCUUGGAUUAUAACUAUUUUAAUUACGUUGGGCACCUUUUCCACUGGUAGUGGUCAAUUCCCGUGGUUAACUGGACAGAAGCCCGAGAGUAAGAUCUUGACUCGUUUGAAUGGAUGUCCGAUUUCAGAUAAGUUCGAUAUAGAGACUGCUGGCCCUCACGGGCCUUUGAUGGGAGAGGAUGGACAGUUUAUUGAAGAAUUGGGACAUUUCACUAACGAGCGACUACCGGAAAGGGUUGUUCAUGCUAAAGGUUAUGGUGCUUUCGGUGUGUUUACCCCAACAAACACAAGAGUCAUAUCUCGAUAUACUAAAGCCUCGCUGUUUACCGUUCCUGAUGUCAAUACAAAAGUAGCAGUUCGAUUUUCAACAACUAUCGGUUCGAAAGGAUCGUCAGACUCUGUUAGAGAUAAUCGAGGUUUCGCGAUCAAGUUUUAUUCUAAUAGUGGGAACUUUGAUCUACUGACAUUAUCAUUUCCUGUGUUUUUUGUUCGUGAUCCAUUGCGUUUCAUUUAUUUCAUUCAUUCCCAAAAACCUGAUCCUGUCGGAAUUUGGCCUGUCGAGGAAAAUAGUUUUAAUUUCCUUGCAACAAAUCCUGAAUCUCUUCACGCGUACAUGUAUCUCUACUCAGAUGCAGGUACACCCAAUGGAUUCCGUUGGCUUCCAGGUUAUGCUGUGAACACUUUUCGUCUUACUAAUUCAACGGGCGGUAUGGUUUGGGCUCGAUUUAAUCUGGUUGCCGAUGAAGGAAUCCAAAAUUUAACCCGAGAAGAAUCAAUCAGAAUAUCAGGUUUAGAUCCAUCAUAUGCAGCUAAAGAUUUAUAUGAAUCAAUCAGAGAGGGUAAUUAUCCAAUAUGGACAUUGCGAGUUCAAAUAUUGGACUUUGAGCAAAUUGCUAGUGCUCCAUUUGAUGUAUUUGAUGCAACGAAGAUUUGGUGGGAAGAUCAAUUUCCAUCCAUUGAGAUUGGUAAACUGAUUUUAAAUCAUAAUCCUGAAAAUGAAUUCGCUCAAAUGGAGCAAUUAGCAUUCAAACCAUCUAAUUUAAUACCAGGAAUCGCUAUAUCACCAGAUAAGGUAUUACAAGGGCGCAUUCCGGCCUACAUUAUCGCACAGAACUACAGAUUGGGAGUUAAUAACUACAAAUUACCUGUCAAUACACCGAUUCGUCCGAUAGUUAAUCCAACAGCUCGUGAUGGUGCUUAUGUUUGCGAUUCUAAUCAAGGUUCAACACCCAAUUUCCUACCCAACUUGUACAGUCCUCAAUUCAAAUCGGCCUCACAAUAUUAUUCAGACUCAUGGCAACCAUUUGAACCCUGUACUGUUGGUCGAUACAACAGCUUAAAUGACGACAAUUUCAGUCAGCCUGGAGAACUUUGGAAAGUUUUAAAACCCCAAGAUCGCAAUUCGUUAGUUACAAACAUGGGAAUGGAUCUACUUAAAGUGUCAGUCGGUCUACAGGCAGAAGUAAUUAAAGUGGUUAACAAGGCAAGCGCUGAAUUUGCUGAACAAUUAACAAAAUUUUUGCAUGAGAACCGACGAGAAUCCUGAACAUGGUGACAAUUCAUUUUCUAAAUAAAUUGAAGCCGAUCCAAUAAUCAUAAUUCAGUGUAACCAAAAUCAAAUUAUAAUUUUGUUCCAGUUUCACUAAAAUAUGAAAAAUUGCAUUAGAAA